AUGAAGACCCAUGGACGUGGAAUAGAUAUUGUCGGAUGGGUACAGGCCUCCGAGCCACCUUCCAUGCACCUGCCAAGGAAAGAGAAUCCCCGUCGACCUUCAGAAUCUGGCAACUGCUCGGUUCGCUCUGCUUAUUGCUCCCGCGGAAUCGGACGCGAGCCCAACAUCCGCCUCGCCAACUCUUGCGGAAGUCUAGCGAAGUUAGAUGAGCUCGACAAAGUCAAGACCCACUUGGACAACUUCAAAGAUCGAGAAAAAGAGCGACACAAAGCUGAAAAGCGACGCAAGCGCCAAGAACAACGCGUAGUCGAUCUACUCACUGUAAAAGCUGCUUUGUCCGUGCUUCGUGAGACUUGCUGGUACUGGGGCGCGAUAACUGGAUCAAGGGCGGCCGAGUUGCUUUCAAAAUGUUCACCCGGCACCUUCCUGCUCCGAGACUCAUCAGAUAGAAGGUACCUCUUCUCCCUGUCGAUUAUGACUGUGCAAGGGCCAACAUCCGUGAGACUUCUGUUUUCGAAGGGUUGCUUUCGACUGGAGUCCUCUGGUGUAGUCUCGCCCCGCUCGCCGUGCAUCGUAUCUCUCAUCAUUCGAAUGGCGUACCUUGCUCGAAACACCAGCUACUCCAAGAAACCCAUCUCCGAAGAGCAAUCAACUGCAGACAUUUUCGCUUCCAUGACCAUUGGAAUGCCUCAGAAAAGCAACACGCCUUCACUCCUAGAGAAGCCCCUAUUCGUCAAAGUUCCGAGUCUCGCUCAUCUGUCUCGUCUUGCUGUAAAUCGCUUCAACUUGCGGCAGUUCUGUGAUCAGAAGAGUCUGGAAUAUGUGAAGCAAUAUCCUUAUUCUGUAUAA